AACAGUAAACUAACUGGGGGCACGUAACGCUGAUGUUUUUGUUGUAUGCGCAGCGCACUUGAGUAUUGUUGUCAUUGUUUUUGUUGCCGCACCGUUCUACUUGUGUAUUUUUGCUCGCUCGCACUUGUUGGUGUGACUUUUCCCCAAUUGUGUAUGUUUGUUCCGUUCGCGUUCGUUCAUUGAUUUCCUAAUUAAGUUUAUAAUUAAAAUUAAUUGAAAAAUUACCCACAUAUGUACAUAUGAAUGUACAUAGGAAAAUGUAAAGUGGCGCGCGUGUUGUAACGUCGAAAAUUAAGUGCCUGUGUCUAUUAAAUUGGAAUAAAAGCACGUUAAAAAUUUAAAUACGAAAUUGUGCCAAAAACAUCAACGCCAGCCAAAAAGGUGGUCCCGCAAAAUACAACCGUGUGGCAACUCUAGGCAAAUUAACUGUUUUACCUGCACACAUAGAAACGCGUAUUCAACACAGAACGGAUAAUUUAGUGGAAUUUUCGAAAAUAGCAAAGGAAAGGCAACCAUAAUCCUCAAGAGCAGCAGCCGCAGCGGCAGUGGCAGCUCCAACAACAACGCUGGCAUAAUAAUCAAAGAUUAAAUCAGGUUUAUAUGGAAGGGUUAAAAAGAGCAAAAGCAGCCUGUCACAGGAAGAAAUACACGUUUCCUAGUCGCUAAGGCACAUAUACAACAACAACAACAACAACAGCAAUAACUACAACGAACAACUGAUUUUGAUUACAACUACAAGGAGCGCGCGCUACACACAAGCACACGUACACACACACACGUGAGAGCGAGAGCGAGCGAAAGAGAGAGAGAACGUCUGUGAGCUGGUAAGAGAGAAAGCAUGCACAGAUUAACAAACGUGCUCAUUUUUCCGCUCAGUUCUCAUUCGAGUGCGGUACGGUUACGUUGCGUUGCUGUACGAGGUAGCGGUGAAAAUACAACAUAAGAUUUUCCGUUUUCCGCUAGGCGACGGCACAGCACAACGUAUGGGCGGCAUUUGUUUUGAAAGCAAAGUAAGAGGAAAACGAAAUAUAAACCUAACGUCGCGACCGCACCUCGCCAAUAACUUUUGUUUGUGAUUCUAUGUGUGUGUGUUUUGAAACGAAUAUAUGACGAAAAAGGAAGCAAAGUCAAGUGAAAAUAGUGCAAAAAUAUACAGAAAAAAAAGAAUUAUAAUAAUAAGAUAGCCAAAAGACAGCCCAGACCGCAGAGCAGAGACCAGUUUGAAAUCGCCGCCUAUUUGCAGGGCAAUACAUGCGCCACCGUCGCCGUUGGCAGAAGCAGUGCAUGUGCUAUGUGCUUAUACGUGUGCGAAAGAGCUGGCAAUAGUUUUGAGUGUGGAGCAGGGGCAGUGGCAGUGGCAGGCAAUUGAACGAACACACAAACACACACAUCUGCACAUGCUAGCCAAGACAGUGCUACAAAAACAACAACAACAACAAGCGACCACAUACGGUGAAAAGGCCGCGUCGCCGUCUCAAGGAGCGAAAGGUAGAGAGAGAGGCAACGGCAUCAGCAUCAGCAGCAGCGGAGCGAGCUAUAAGAAUAAUAAAUUACACUUUGCUUUUGCUAUAAUAAGAAGAAAAAUUUAUAUACACACAAACACACACAUGUGCAAGUAAUGUUUUUCGUGUGUGUGUGUAUGUGGGGGGAAAAUUGUAAUAAUAUAUGAACGUAAGAAAAACGCUGGAAAUGGAAAACUAAAAGUAAAUUUCGAAAAAGCAGCAGCGGCAGCGCAAGUAUGCAGCUGUGUGUGCGCGUAUGUGUGUAAAUUAUUAACAGUUAGGCUGCGCAAAUCAAAAGCAAAAGAAAACGAAGAAGAAAAUAAACAGCAGCAAAAAAAAGUGAAUAACAUUCUAUGUGCCAUCAUUUUCAAAACAACAACAACAACUACUAUAAUUAAGCAAAAGGAGCAGCUUUAAAAAUAUAUAAAUAAAUACAUAUACACACACGUAAUUAUAAGCGUUAUUAUAUACAGUAUUAGCAACAAAAACAACAACCACAACUACAGAAAAAGAAGAACUUAAAAAUGUCCUGCAUAUCGAGCAAUUUUAGCUCAUUCUUUCUCAACUCCUUGAACGAUCCUUCAGAGUUUUCCAAGUACUUGAGCAAUGGCGAGCUGAAAUGCACAAAUUUCGAGGAAUUUCAAGUGUUUGCACAGUCAACGCAACAGCAGCAGCAGCAGCAACAACAACAACAACCACAAUCACAGUAUUCAUGCACAAACGGCGUCGGCAGCGCUGAGCUCGACUAUGAAGCAGCGACGUCGCAGUUGCAGCGCGAAGUUGCCGAAACGCCGGCAGUGUCAAGCGUCACAGUGUUGCCAAACAAUCGCUGGCCCACAGCGGUGGCAACGCCAAACGGACACGCGCCAGCCUCUGCCGCUGCCGCCGCCGCUGCGGCUGCGGCUGCCGCCACCGCUCAACAUUUCGAUGGUUCCUUUGAGUUUAUCAAAUAUCUGCGCCACUCCACGGACUUCACGCCCAACAGCAGCAGUACCAGCAGCAGCGGCGGCGGCGUCAGCAGCAGCGACGCAGUCGACGGCGCAGCGGCAGCAGCAGCAGCAGCGGCGGACAAGGCAGGCAGCAAACUGACUGCAGUCGGCGCAGCGGGCAGAAUCACACCACCACCGCUGGCGGCGUCGCCGGUGGGCGCCGGCCUCCUGGAUCUGGACUCGACGAGCAUCACGCAAAAGUCGCGUUCGGCGUCGCGCAAAGUCGCCGCGCUGCUGUCUUCCGUUUCGCGGUCUUCCAACAGCUUGGACACCAGCUCCUCGACGCUGGACGCCGUCUUUGAUCACGACUCGAAGCAAACGAUCUUCGAGCUGCAGCACCUGACGAGCGCUUCAAACGGCUCAAAUGCCUCCAAUUCGAAUGAGUCGUCGCUGGAGCUGCUCGCCUUUCCCAGCUCCCAUCUGAAUGCCUCCAAUUCGAACACCUCCUCCGAGGAGCAUUGCGGAAGCGCUGCUGAGUUUGGUGGCCUGUUGGGCGGAGCUAGUUGCUCCAGCGCCUCGGCAGGUGGCGGGGCGCCUAAGCUAUUGGGCAGCUUUGUGAUCAAGGAGAACUUCGAGGUGCAUCCCUCGCACAAGGUGGAGGAGGGAAUCUUCCAGCACAUGAACAAGCUGCCCUCAAAGAAGAAGGACACCCUUAAGCAGCUGGGCGUUCGAUUCACGGGUCAAAUGACAUUGACGGACAAAUCGAUUGUUGUCGAAAACUUCAUCAAAUUUUGUGAGGAAUACGAUAUUAAGGAUCAUCGGCCGUGGUUAUCCUUAAAUCAGUGUGGCCUCAACAAGCCCGAACAAAUCAAAUUCGCGCGCUAUUUAGGCCAAGGUUUGCCAACGUUUACGCUCUUCUGCAUUUAUAGCAAUUUUAAGAAUCUGUUUUGCACCAAACGCACAGAAAUCUAUACCAAGGAUGGCUACAAUCUGCCUUAUAUACUCGAUAAGACCAAGCGCUUCCUGGCCAAUACAACAGCUGGCGAAAAUACCAACAACAACAACAACAACAGCAACAAGACCAACAACACAACAACAACAACAACAUCCACACCGCUCAAACAGACACAAGAGCAAUGCGAAUCAGCGCCAGCAUCGCCAGCAGCAGCAACAACAACAACAACAACAAUAACAGCACCCAAUAACAACCACAACAACAAUAACACACACGCAACAGGCAACAGCAGCACACACUUACACACGCAGCAAGCAGCGCAGUCGCAGCAUCAGCCGCCGUUAUUACCAGCAGCACGCACAAUGACACCCACAGGCACGCUCCUGCCCAGGCCGGGCACGCCCACAACGCCGGCAGCGGCAACGCCGCAUCCGCAACAUACGCAUUUGAUGCAGCCACAUGCACCGCCGCAUCAUCUGCAGCCGCAGCAACAGCAGCAUCAACAACAGCAGCAGCAACAACUACAACAACAACAGCAACAGCAAUCGUCCACGCCCACGCGUGGCCCGCCCCUGACGCCGCAUCACCAUCAGCAACAACUUCCACAGCACGCACAUCAUGCGCCACCGCAUCCACAUCACUAUCCACAUCCGCAUCCACAUAUGCAGCAACAUCCACAUCCGCAUCCGCAUCACUUUGCCUACGCACAUCCGCAUCAAACGCACUACGGGCUGCCACCACAUCCGCAUUCCCAUCCCCAUCCGCAUCCGCACUCACAUCCGCAUCCACACGCACAUAUGGCAGCACCCCUCGGCUAUGGCCAACAGGUGGCGCCAACGGCACCCCAAACUGCAACGCAGCCGCCGCCGCAUGCGUUGCCGCCCAAUAUGUGAGACUGGCGUCGGCGUGGCGCCAAAUAUGGCGGCAGUGGCGCCACCUGUUGACAAUCGUAGGCGGCUCCAGCUACCUAAAGUAUCAAAAUCGAACAAUAUAAAAGCCCCAACUACUAUUAUUAGCUCUUAGCUCUUCUAUUUACACCAUUUGGUUUAUUUUUGUUUAUCAUGUUGUCUUUGUCCUGUUUUGCUCUUAGCGUAUGUAUUUCGUUUGUAGUCUAAUUUUACAAGCUUAUUGCCAAAUUUUUUUAAUAUGUAUUAUGUUAAACGACUAAAUUGUUGGACGAUGAACACGCCCUGAACUAUGCAAUGUUAUUCCUUGAAAAGAGAUUAUUACAAUUACACACACACACACAUACACAUGUAAACUGUCAUUAUAGAGAAUCAUGCUAACGCGCAACUAUUGAAAGUAAUAUGUAAUAGUAUAUAUACAUAUAUUUUAGUAAGCCAGGAACAAAUUAUAUGUAUAUGCAAAACCCAUCCUAACUAUAUACACAGCCUCUACAUAUAUGUAUAUACAAACAUAUAAAGCGAAAUUUUGUUUGCAACAACAAAUAUACAUAUAUAUAUAUA